GUCGGUUUUUGGCACAAUUAUCACAGAAGCUAAACGUUUGUCCAAAUGAUAAUACUUUCAAUGAUUGUCUGAUAAUAUGCUGCAACAAAAAGCAACCGAAACGGUCACUCUUACCAGAAACCAAUUGCAAGCAAUUCUUGAGCUUAUCUCUCAAAUUGGAGGUAUAAGUCGUUCAGAAUCGAGAAAUGAAGUGAAAUCUCAUUUCAAAAACGACAACAAAAUUGUGGUAAACGGUGUGACUGACGGACAAUUGGCGAGUGUUGACCACUACUGGGAAUCGGGAAAAGACGACAUAAUGGCCAAAAGUGAGUGGAUUUCAAACAAGAGUGAUAGCGAUCCCAUCCAAACAUCUCCUCCGCUUCUAAUGAUAAACGACAGUCAAAUCUCGAAUCGGUUAUUAUCUGCGAGUUUAAGUGAUUUGUCGCGACCCGAUUCGGUGAUGACCAACGAGUCGUCCACUGAAUCCAAAUACAGAAGAUAUGCCAGAAUUAAUGACUCGGAGUUUGAUUGGAAUGAAUUGCAGAGAAAGAGGAUUAAAGCGUUGGAAUACAGCAAAGCUCUCGCUCUUCAAUACGAAGAGAAAAAGCAAAAGCGAUUAGAAGAACAGCAGAGGAUUAGAGACGAAGAACUAAUGCUUGAGAAGAGACUUGAAGAAGAAAGGGUUAAAAUGAAGACGGAUUACGAAAUCGAGCAAAAUUUAAUCGAAAAGAAGAGACUUUUGGCCGAAAAGAAAAGAGAAGCCGUUGUUGAAGCCAUCGAAAGGACACCCGUUAUUAAAAAGAGACAUUUUUUAAUCGAUAGAAAUUCUGCACCCGAUGUGUCUGCGGUCGCAGCCGUUGCGGCCGUUAAGCCUCAGACCAGGACUCAUGAAAUGUCGGCCCAAACCGAGAAACAGAAUUCACAGUUUUGCGAAAUCGGAACCCAAACUGAUGUCCAGUUAUUGUUAUAUUUGUUGAAUGAAAUGAAAUUAGUUUCAAAAGAAAGACCAAAAUCAAAACCUAAAUUGUCUGAAACAUUGUCCACCGAUUCCACGUCUUCAGUGGGCUCUCAAAAACCAAGAAUUAGAAGAAAACUCAAAGAGAAUACUGAGUCCAAAGCGGAUCAAAACAAGGAUAAAGUGGUGAAUAAAAGACCCCUUUGGGUGAAGACACCGCAAACAAAGGCUAAUAUCAAAACUAACGAUAAGACGUCGGCCCGAAAAUAUAAGGCCUCAUUCGAGAAAGAAGUGGUACAGUCAGCAAACAUUUGA